AUGCCAAGUAGAGUAAAUUCACUUUAUUCUGAUGUUGGGGCUUGGAGUGGUAAAUUCAGACCUGUGAUGGACGAAAUUGAAUCAGAUGAGGCUUUACGAUUCUAUCAAUUUUUAAAUUAUUUAGAUGGUGGAAGUUUUGGGACUGGUCCUAUAGAUGAGUUUGUUGAUGCAAUGAAUAGAUUGGCUACAUACAUGAAGCAACAAAAUAGUCGAGAAACUCAAGUUAGAGGAAUGCGCGAACUAGAAGCUAUAAAUGGAGAAAAAGGUAACAGUAUUAAAACUGUAUUGGAAAUAAGUACUGUCAUCAUGAGAAAAAAACGAAAGUUCUUUUGCACAGGAGAAGUAAAAGAACCAAUUGUAAACAAUAAAAUUAUAUGUAAGGAUAGAAUACUGCUUCCCAUUGCGGGUUCUUCAUGCAGAGAUGCCAUAAUGUACUGGCACCCAAGUCUUACUGAAGAACACUAUUGUGUUGGCGCACUUGAAGCUAAAAGUCCAGUUCACAUUAUGUAUAUAGAAGGUGAGAUGUUUUGUAAAGGAGAUGAUUACUCCAAAAGGGAGUACUUGUUAGCUUGUGACUUUUACGAGGAUCAAGAAGCACCUGUUGCGGACUUACUCCAGUAUUAUCCAGAUCCUGAUCCUGAAAUAUCUCCAAAAUUAUUU